UUGUCCGUCAACACAUCGUGUUGACCUGUUACGGCUACGUACAUUCCUCCUAUUUACGGCGUGUUUUUCUGCUCGUUAACAUUAAUAAUCAAAAUGGUGAAGGCGUGUGAGGCGGUCGGUUGCAAUAACAGAGAAGAUAGACGGAGAGACUUGAAGUUCUACCGGAUUCCGAGAGACACGGAGAGGAGAGAGCGAGAUGGGCUGCUGCAAUUCGACGAGAAAACUGGACUCCAAACGAUUACCACAGAUUAUGUAGUAGUCAUUUUAUACCUGUCAGCAGCAAUGUGGAUCCUGGACACCUCAUCCUUCCUCCUCUUCUACAUCCUGUUGCUGGGCUACGGUUGCCGGGCGGCGGACAUUCCAGAGGACACUACAUCAGAAUUUUCUGUCAGACUGUACCAUCAGCUGCAGGCGACAGGGGGUCAAGACAACAUCAUUUUCUCCCCCCUGAGCGUGGCCUUGGCCCUGGGCAUGGUGGAGCUUGGAGCCAGGGGAGUAUCACUGGAGGAGAUCCGACAGGCCGUAGGAUUUGACGACCUGAUGCCAGGUGUGGAGUUUUCUUUGCUCCAAAACCUGACAGCAGCGCUCUUUGAGGAUGAAAGCCAGUACAUGGUCCGAUUGGCCAACAGUCUCUACCUUCAAGAGGGCAUAACUUUUAACCCCGAGUUUCUGCAUCUGAUGAAGAAGUAUUUUGGAGCCAGCGUUGAGACAGUUGACUUUAGUGAAUCAGCAGCUGUCGCCGAGCAGAUUAACAGCUGGGUGGAGAAUCAUACUGAAAGUAAGAUCCGGGACCUUCUAUCUGCUGAUGACUUCAGCAGCGUCACUCGUCUAUCCAUGGUCAACGCCAUCUACUUCAGAGGCUUCUGGAAAAAUCAGUUCAGGCCCGAAAACACCAGGACCUUUUCCUUUAGCAAAGACGACGGCUCAGAAGUCCAGACACUCAUGAUGUACCAACAGGGAGAUUUCUACUAUGGUGAGUUCAGCGACGGCUCCCAGGAAGCUGGCGGUGUUUACCAGGUCUUAGAGAUGCUAUACGAGGGGGAUGACAUGUCCAUGAUGAUCAUCUUGCCUCGGCAGGAAGUGCCUCUGGCUUCUCUUGAGCCCAUCAUCAAGGCACCAUUGCUGGAGGAGUGGGCAAACAAUGUUAAACGACAAAAGGUGGAAGUCUAUCUGCCCCGGUUCAAAGUGGAGCAGAAAAUGGAUCUUAAAGACACUCUGCAGGAGCUCGGAAUAAAGUGCAUUUUCAGCAAGGAUGCUGAUCUCACCGCCAUGACAGAUGGGAAGGAGCUUUAUAUUGGCAGGGCGGUACAGAAAGCCUACUUGGAAGUGACUGAGGAGGGUGCGGAGGGAGCUGUCGGAUCAGGAAUGAUUGCUCAGACAAGGACUCUGGUGCUGUACCCACAAGUAAUGGCUGAUCACCCAUUCUUCUUCAUCAUCAGAAAUCGGAGAACGGGGUCUAUCCUAUUCAUGGGCAGAGUUCUGACCCCUGAAGUCAUCGAGCCUAAUGACCAUGACUUUGAUUCCAUGUAACCCCCAACAUGAUGACAAUCAUUCUCAGCCAACAAUAUUAAUCCGACUUCAUUUAACCUCACCCGCACCUGUAUUUUAUAAAGACAUCUAGUAUUGAUUAUACUCUAUAUUGAAAAAGAAAUUCACGUUUUUGAUACUGAACACUAUGAAUGAAGACACGCAAAGGUUUAAAUUGUAAACAUUCUCUAGUUAAAUAAUGGAGAGAAUUCAAUGGGUGUACACAUGAUAUUCAUGCAGAACCAUGUUUCAGUUAACCUGCAUUUUACACACAAUCCACACAAAUAUAUUACCUUCUUUUUUAACAUACUGUACUAACAACUAUUUGUAGCUUGUGUUUCUGUUUUGAUAUAUAUUAAUAUUCAACACAAUGUAUAUGCUCAGUACUUGUUGUCGCUAACACACGCAAACAUCAGUCUUAGUAAUGAACAUCCAGCAGAUUUUUCCCCCCCUUUUUUUUUACAUAGUAGCACAUGAUUAAACUGCCGAAGAACUAUAAAAUGCCUUAUCACAUGUGAGUGGUUGAUCAAGCCUUGCUGGGCGUCUCACAGGUGAGCUAAGGAGACUGCAGAGUUGCCAUAGAGACCAACUGAGGCUUGCUGUCGCACUGAAAAAGGUCCACUGCACCAAUUUUGGGCUGUAAAUACUUAAGGAGACAAUAACACCAGCUGUAUACACUCUUAUAC